AUGGCACCACUCGAAUCGCGAGCCCGACCAGCGGAAUCAUGGCAACAAUCCACGAUCAAGUUGCAGCAGUCAACCAGCGAUAUGUGGCGUCGGUCCUCGCAUAUGUGGACGGAUUCGAAGGGUAAAUGCCAACAAAAGACGAUGGAAGCUUGGCAUCGUUCUUCAGAUUCAUGGACAAAUUCAAAAAACCGAUAUAUUCAGUCAACUGCCGAGAGAUUGGUCCGUUCAGCGAAUAUGCUAUCCCAAUCCACAGACCAGCUGUACAAGCUGUCAAUCACGGCCGGCGAAGACAAGAGCACCGAAAAUAAAUCUACAUCAGAUCUACCAGCAGCUGAGCCUGCCUCAACCUCAACGGAACCCCUCUCAAAAUCUCAACCCCCGCCAGCGCCACCACCUUCUCAGAUCCCAGCCUCCGCACAACCACCUCAGCCUACUGUAUCACCAGAAUCGAACAAAUCAACGAAAUUAUCGAAAUCACGAAAAUCGAUAAAGACGUCGGAGUCUUCCCAGUCCGAACCGUCAGUCCCAUCGGUACCUUCAUUAGUAUCAUCGUUAACAACGCGAUCGGAAUCGGAUGCCCCAUCAAAGCCACCCCCGAUUGACCUUGAUAUAAAAAAGCGAAAGGAGGGAACUCCGCAGACCAAGGCUCUGCUUGAGUUGACUUCAAUGGUUGUCUCUCAAUUGCAACAAGCUAGAGGACUAAGAGACUCCAACUCUGCUCAACUAGGUGACAUCGAACACAACUGGAUCAACACAACCGUCACAGACACAGAAGAGUCAGUAGAAGGGAUGUCUCAAAUCCUCGAGCCAUACCGCCUCGUACUGCAAAAGCGCAAGAAACACAAUCUCAAUUAUUCUAGCCGCAAGCGCUGGAAGGAACAUGAUUGUGCACGCGCCCGGGACAAAUACCCUCGUCUGGUCCUAUAUCAAAGCCGACUUGAGAAGGUCCUUAGCCAUUUAAAAAAUGUGGAUAAAGCUGCAACGAAGUCUCCCGUUAAUUUAGCGAAAGAUACAUUUGCAGAGCUUUCGAUGGACAGCCCUGCGGUCAAAGUUGCAGAACUUCCGAUCAGCACUUACGAAAUCAACCGGUCGGAGCUUCCAGUCGAUGGACCAACAGUCAAAUCAUUCACGGAGCUUCCUGCCGACGAGGAGGCAGCGGCUUCUUUGCCAGUCAUGUUCGAGCUCCCUGCUGAACCAAUAUCUUCAUCUUUACAAAACAAGACACCAAUUGCGGAGAUGCCUGCAAGCUCGAUGAGUAUCAAGCGCAAGCCCAUACCAAAAAUCAUUGUGACCCAGUCCACUGGAGACUUGUCCUCUGAUCAAAAGAAGAACCAGGAAGAGGGAGAACAACCAAGUUAUGAGAAUCAAGAGAUGGAUGAGAUGAUGAAAUGGGAAAAAACGAGAACUGAUAUUCAGAAGCAUCAAUCCGAGUCACUUGCUCGUAUUGUGGCUGACAUGGAAAGCAAUCGAGCUGUAUAG